AUGAAAACCUUUGUUGAUACUCUCUCUAAUGAGAGGCUUGUCCAAAAGGUUCUGAUCAGUCUGACUGAGAAGACAUUUGCCUCAUUUUCUGUGAGUCCAAAAGGCCAGAACAAGGGUGGCACUCACUCUGGUUCGUCUAAAUUCCAAAAGAAUUGGAAUCCUAAGGGCAAGCCAUGGGAAUCAAAGUCCAAGUUUCAGCAGACUAGCUCUACACAGGGUUCAUCACCAUCAGUGAAUCAAGAAGGGGCAAAGCCACAGUGCAAAGUGUGUUCGAGGUUCCAUUUUGGUGAAUGCAGGCAUAAAGGAAAGCCAAAGUGUUACAAUUGUGUUAAAUUUGGACAUUGGGCUAGAGAAUGCACUGCAAGUAAGAAUGUGCAGAAGGCUAACUGUGCAAAUCAAGUAGAAGUGACAGGAAAUCUAUUUUAUGCCAAUAGUACCAUCUCUAGAGCAAGUACUACUGGUGAAUGGUAUAUAGACAGUGGUUGCAGCAAUCACAUGACUGGAGAUAAGAAGAUACUAGUUGAUAUAAGAACAAACGUGAUUGGCAGGGUACAAAUGCCCACUGGAGAGCUUGUGGAUGUAGCUGGAAUGGGAACUCUAGUGAUUGACACAAGCAAGGGUAGAAAGUACAUCAAAGAAGUUAUGUACCUACCUGAGUUGAAGGAGAACUUGUUGAGUGUGGGACAGAUGGAUGAGCACAAUUACUAUUGCUAUUUGGGGGCAAAAUGUGCAGCAUCUUUGACAGUUCCUCACUGGACAGUCUUGUCAUCAAAGUGGAAAUGA